AUGAAGAAUGUUUCUCUGAUUAAUUUAGCAAUUGCUUCAAUUUAUCAUACAUCUCCUCAAAUUCAAGCAGACAAUAUGAAAUUUCAACUCAGUAAAUCAUAUUUUUCUCACUCGUUUGGCCCGUUACUCCAAUCAUUCCAAAACUCAAUUAUAAAAUUAUACCAAACUACGAUGAAAAACUUUCUUACCACGCCUGUUCGAAUUGAUUCAGAAAAAUCGUUUAGUAAGACAACAUAUAGCUCAAGAAUUUUUUUAAAACAACAAAAUCUUGUUACAAUAGAACAAUGCACAUUCUUAAAGUGUAUUGAUCUCCAACGCUCUGGAGGAGGAUUGUAUGUUAUGACUUGUAAUGCGACCAUUCGAAAAUCCAUUUUCAAAUCUUGUAUCGCAAAAGCAACAGGCGCAGCUGAAAUAACAGAUUCCGACUAUAUCAAUUUUACAUAUAACUCCAUAGAUAAUUGCCAUGCCAAUCGUAUUGGAGCAUGCUUUUUCGACGGUAAAAACAUGUUAAGCCUAGUUUUCUGUGAGAAUUCGAAUUUUACUAACUGCAAUGCAAAUACUUGGAUUGGUGGUAUCCGCCUUCAACACAAUUCUGGAAAGAUUAAAAAUUGUAUUUUUGGUGGAAACACUGCUACAAAGUAUGGUGCAGUCUUUGAAUUUAGUAGUAGUCCUGGCUUUAAAUCAUUUUAUGGAUGUAGUAUUAUUAAUAAUUCCGCUCUUGAUAAUUCCGCAGGAAUUAAUUUAUUUUUAAUGAGAUUUCAUGGUGAAAUCGAAGAAUGUUCCUUCAUUAAUAACCAGAAUUGUUCCGUAUUGGUUGAAUCCGAUUCUUGUGCUCUGGAUAUCACAGACAGUUAUUUCACUGAGUUCAAAUCAAAAGAAAUCAUUGUGCUCUACAAGUCAUGCCAAGUAGAAGUAUAUGAUUGCAAAUUCAACGUGGAUGUUCAGAAAAGAAAGAAACAAUAG